AUGCAUUGGCUGCAGUCCAUCUCGCUGGUCGGCGCCUUGAGCCUCGUUAAUGUCUGUCUCGCUGCCAAUACCGCAUCGACUUCAAACAACUCCUCUGUAUCGACCUAUGUCGAUCCCAAUGUGCCCACCGGUGUGCCCAUCGUCGGCGACUAUGGCGGCCGCUAUCGCCCACAAAUUCACUUUUCUCCACCCAAGCAUUUCAUGAAUGACCCCAACGGCAUGUUUAGAGAUGAACUAGGUAUAUGGCACCUCUACUAUCAGUACAACCCCACCGGCAUUGUUGCUGGAAAUCAGCACUGGGGCCAUGCCACUUCAGAGGACCUCUACCACUGGGUGAAUCAGCCCAUUGCACUGUUUCCUCCUAGAAAGACUCAGUACAUCUUUUCUGGCAGUGCCGUUACUGACCCCAAUAACACGUCCGGAUUCUUCCCGAACCAAAAGAACGGUGUCGUCGCAAUCUACACCCUAGCCGAGUAUGGCGAAGACGGUAGUCCUGGGCCUCAAACCCAAGCCAUUGCAUACUCUUUUGACAAUGGAUACACAUUCACGCCAUAUCAAGGUAAUCCAGUCAUUCCGAGUCACUCUUCGCAGUUUCGGGAUCCAAAGGUCAUCUGGUACAAGGACCACUGGGUGCUGGUCAUAGCAUAUGCCCAAGACUACGAAAUCGGCAUCUUUACCUCUCCAAAUCUCAAGGAGUGGACGCAUGCUAGCAAUUUUUCCCACACUGGUCUCCUGACCCUCCAAUGGGAAUGCCCAAACCUUGUGCAAAUGCCAUACUUGGAUUCAGAUGGCAACAAGCACGACGACAUGUGGCUGCUGGCUAUUAGCGUGAACCCAGGAGCGCCGCUCGGUGGCUCCGUCGCUCAGUAUUAUCCCGGCCACUUUAACGGUACGCAUUUUGAAGCCGUCGACAAUGCUGCUCGGAUCGCGGAUUUUGGCAAAGACAACUAUGCUGGCCAGUUCUUUUACACCACAUCCCAAGAUGAGCUCCCAAUCUACCUGGGCUGGGCCUCGAACUGGCAGUACACGCAGGUAGUGCCUACUGGCGAGGAAGGCUGGCGGAGUGCAAUGACGGUUCCUCGUCGCUCCUAUUUGACAAAAGCAAAGAGGAUCGGCUGGAAACUGGUGACGGAACCGUACAAUUUGGAACCAGUCAUGGGCCCCCAGCUGGCUAGCAACAACAGCCUGGUCAAUGGCAGCCUCACUGUUGACUUUGCUAGUGUUGAUUCGAACGCGCUCUACUGGGAGGCAAAUAUCACGGGUCUCCCUCAAACCGGAAUUUCCCAGUCAGCGACGCUCAACUUUACAUUCAUUGCGCCUCAGACGGGCGAAUUUGUGCGCGGCGGCUACUAUCUCGGCGGUGACACCCCGUUCUUUAUAGACCGAAGUGGCGCCAAGGGCUUUGAUAAUGUUUUUUUCACGGACAAGUUCUCGACGAAUAGCCUGAUUGAUGGAGAUUCGUGGCGCAUGAGCGGCAUCAUUGACCGAUCUGUUCUCGAGGUGUUCCUCGACGGCGGGAUCGAAAGUGCGACAGUCACGUACUUUGCGACACAGCCACUCACUUUGAUGGUCCUGGGCACGGCCGAUAUGCCCAAGGGUGCCAAUGUCAGCGUCAGCGUGCACGCCUUGGAGAGUGCUUGGAUGAGGAUGGCCAACGAGGGUGAUGGGUUGGUACAUGGCAACCAGACGACAAAUGGUACCGCCAUUACGAGUAGGAGUCGGUUGAUUGGCGCUUGA